AUGACCCAAUCGACAGCAGACGGAGAAUAUCUCGCCGCCGUAGCAAGGAUGCAAGAACGACAGAUGUCUUGGGGCAGACCUACCCGAUCGAAUUCAUCUGGGUCCAUGUCAUCUACUGGAGAUUCGAUUACCACUUCUCCUCAUCAACUCAACCUCACUGCGCUUGCACCUCAACAAGCUGGGGGAAGUACGAGUGGUGGCUCUGCAUCAGCUAGCGCGACCGGUGGAUCAGCUUCGGGAAGAGGUCGACCCAAAGGUAAAGGAAAAGCGAAGAUGAAAGAAGAAGUUUCAGCCGGCGGUAUAACCAGUGGAUCUGGUCCAGGAGAACACAAGGCAAGGAAGAAAGUAGCAAAAGCGUGUUUGGCUUGUCAGAGAUCUCAUUUGACGUGCGAUGAACAACGUCCGUGUACUAGAUGUGUGAAGAAAGGUAUGGCAGAUCAAUGUGUGGAAGGUGUGAGGAAAAAAGCAAAAUAUCUAUUGGAAGGUGAAGAGAGGCUUGCCGCUAGACCCCGUCAAGCCAGUAGUCCUUCUCCACCCGUCCUCCCACAUCAUCAACACCAAUCUUCAGAUUCACAGAUCCAGGCUCAGUUCAACCUCCUCUCAAACGUAUCCAUCCCGCAACAAACCCAGACCAUCGAACCGCCCAGAUUGCCCGAUGACGUAUGGCUUUCUGGACCUCUCCAACCUAAUGAUCCUUCUUCCAUCGGAGGUUCGAACCAGAUUAACCUCAAUGAUCCUUCGAGAUCAUGGAAUACUAGUAUUCAGCCUCAGGCCAAUGCGUUCACAGGAAGUGGUAAUGCUGCCAAUACCGAGUAUCAAAUGCUCGACUCGCUGUUCGGCAAUCUGUCGCCAAUAUUCCCCGGGAUCGACCCAUUGGACGAAGCUGGUAGACAAAUGUCCAUGGACGGCAUGAACGCCUCGACUGUCCGCUCAACAGCGAAUAAUGUGGGAUUUGAUCAAUCAUGGUUGAACCCAUCACCUGGUGCGACCAAUGUUAAUUCCAACCAAUAUACUGUGCAGCCCACACCGUCAAGCACAGGACCUUCGGUCUCUCCUGGAACUUACAGUGAUUUGUCGCCCAUCAACACCACUUGGCCUCGUCAGAACCAAAAUCAAGGUCAAGGUCAGGGACAGACAUGGAACAAUGAUUCUUCGCAGAUGAUUUUGGAUGGUAUCAAUCAGAAUCAGAACCAGUUCCAACAACAGCAAUCGAACAUCUCUCAGCAAAACUUGCAAACUCAAAAUCAUAAUCAGAAUCUGUCCGUUGGUCAAGCGAAAGUUGGUAAAGCAUCGACUCCGGCAGAGGUAUAUAGGACGGUAGUCAAGCCAUACGACUACACUCAAGGUUAUCAUAUCUUGAUGGACUAUCUCACCAAAAACUUCGAACAGCAUGAGACUCUGCGUGUCGCUCGAGCUCUAGCUUCGUUCAGACCCAGUUUGAUCGCUUUGCAGAUGCCUAUGUCUGAGGAGGAUGAGAUCUUCCUUGAAAAAUCUUUCCAGCGGACUCUUAUCGAACUGGAAAAACUCAUCUCGUACUCUGCCACACCGACUGCAGUCUGGCGUCGAACGGGAGAAGUAUGCUAUGCCAACCCUGAAUUCUGUAAGCUCGUCGAGAAGAGUGAUUCGGAUCUGGUCGGUAAACGGACCUAUGUAUAUGAGUUAUUCUCCAAUCCUUCAGUGGUAGCAUACUGGGAAAACUUCAGUGUUCACGCAUUUGAAAAUACCACUCAGAACUUCUUCCAGCCUGUUGGAUUGACUAAAUCGAAUCCUAAUGGAGGUACAACAUUAGAUUGCACAGGUUGUAUAACAAUCAGGAGAGAUGUAUUCGAUCUUCCUUCGGUCAUCAUUGGACAAUUUUUACCUAUCCCUACGGAUAUGUAA